CGCCCUUCACGUUCCAUACUUCACAGUCGUACGUAGGUCGUUUGUAGUGCGUCGUGUCGUGUGAUUUUAGCGUUAGUUCGGGACGGUUGUCACUGGUUGUAAUUUGUACCAAAGUUCAAGAGAAAAUUCGCAGAUUAUUGUUCAUUCUUCGAGUAUAACAAAAACAUAAAAACAGAACAAUGGGUGUACCUGCUGGUAAUGCUGAAAAUGGAAAGAAAAUCUUUGUACAAAGAUGUGCACAAUGCCACACUGUUGAAGCUGGCGGCAAACACAAAGUAGGCCCUAACCUUCACGGCUUCUGGGGACGUAAAACUGGUCAAGCUGCUGGAUUUUCAUACUCAGAUGCCAACAAGUCCAAAGGCAUCACCUGGGGUGAGGACACCCUAUUUGAGUACCUGGAGAACCCUAAGAAGUAUAUCCCCGGAACUAAGAUGGUGUUCGCCGGUUUAAAGAAGGCCAAUGAACGUGCGGACCUCAUUGCAUACCUCAAGGAAGCCACUAAGUAACUUUUAUGAAUCUAGGAAAAAAUCAUAGAAAUAGAAUGUUCUGUUGCUAUUGGCGCCCUUCUAAUUUCUUAGCUAAAUCAGUAUCCUUAUUGUGUAAUUAUGUAUUUAUUGUACAUUCAUAUUUCAUGUGACACAAUAGUAUAAUAAAAGUUUAGUCGCUGUAAUUAUAGGUAUAGCAACGGAUGGGUCUGGUGGACCAGGCCUUAUCCAAUGGCCCACUAUGGAAUCUCGUUGACAGUAUGUUAGAGUAAAAUUGUUUAUUACUAAAGUAAAUGCAGCUGUCUGGUGAUUUUUGAUCUAUAUCACUAGGUGUCAUUUGCUGUACCUAAUAUUACACUGCGACAAAUGUGAGUGUGAACUACAAAUGUGCGUAAACUAUUGUUUGACAGCAAUAAUUGUGUAUGGUAACUAUGUUGUGAAUGUUUUUGAUGUUAUUAAAUUAUUAAUAGAUAUCAUUCAUAGCAUUUUAUUUGUACCUAAAGUGGAUCUAUUUAAUAGAUACCAUGGUUUGUUACCGACUAUUAGUUAAUAUUAAAUUUAUGAUAAUUAAUAAACAA